CUAGUAUGCCCGAGAACUCCAGAAUACGACUGAAACGGUCUGGAUGAGGGAUCUGCUUAAAUAAUGUUUUAGUAAAUAAAAGCCAUGGAAGGGUUUGAUGAGAGCAAGCAGCGGCACAGCUGGAUUGUAGCAACAGGGACCAAGCAUCAAAAGGAACACUUCCCGGAUGGCCAAGGUUUUGAAUAUUCUACAAUGAAUUUCAAAAUCUAAUGUUUGCAU